UUUUUGAGACAUUUUACUUAAAUCUUACGUUUUAUUAUUUGCCACCCACGGCCUUCCAUCGCCCAUUUACAAUGGUACUGCGGGUGGGGUGAGCACGAGCAACAGUGUAAGGCAGAUAUAUUAUUAGGCAAUCAAGGAUAUGCAAUUAGUAAACAAGAAGCUGUCAAAAUGGAGAAAACGAUUUCUGAAACUUUAGGAACAAUGACUAACCUUAUGUCAUCUUUCUUUGAACACUUGGAUAAAAUGCGAAGUGAUUUGGAAAACAUCAAUGGAUAUUUAUUUCGUGACAUGCAAUACUCUUCAAUUCAAACUUGUUGGUUUUGCAAAAUUCCUGGACAUCAUAAAGCAACAUGUAAGAGAUACAAGAUGGCACGUCACUAUUGUUCAUUAUGCGCCACAUAUGGACACCGUAAUAAGGAUCAUUGUGAGCCAACAACGAAUACUAAUUGCAUCAAAAUUCCGAACAACAUGCACCCUGACCUUAAAACGGCAUCCGUGCGAACCAAGAAAAUAAAGGAAACUGACAAACCGAACCACAGCAAGUAUUCGCAGACACAGACGUUUGACAUGGAUAAAUAUAUAACUGCUGUCAAAAACUACAAGAAAAUAGAAAGCGAACUUUAUGGACAAAAACAUGGUAAUGACAUUUAUCGUGAGAAAAUUCGCACAAUGGAGACGGAUACAGCUGAUCUUAAAUUACAAUUGAAGUCACAAAAGAAAAGUAUUUUAUCUUUAGAAGAGGAACUCACUGCAUAUGCAACAAAUGAUCAAAAAGCUGAUUUAAAUCCAGAUCAUCUAAUAUCUCAACUACAGGAAUCGCAGAAACUUAUUACAUCUCUUCAAUCUCGGAACAACGAAUACUCGACAAUGAUACGUGAUAUGAAUGCUAAACUCGACAAUCAACUUCAGAGAAAUAUACUGGUUGGAAAAUGUGAUUAUGCAACAAAUUCAACGGAUUCAAAUUUGGACCUAUGGAAACUUGGACUGCAUAUGUUUGGAAUGCCUCAUAUAGCCCCAAGUAAGUGUAAAACUAAAACCACUGAGCAGCCAUUCGACAACACAAUAUGUAGGUCUUAAGAAGAUCAACAUUUUAUCUACAAUGGAAUAAGAAGUUACUUGAUUACGUCAUUGCACAAACUCAUAAGAACUGCAAACAUUUAUUCAUACUAUUCUAGUAUAUUUUGCAUUAAGAACAUGUUAUUUAAAGGGUUGAUUCAUUUGAAUGAAAAACCUUUAGCUAUCAGAACAUUUCAUGGUGUAUUUUAAGCCUAACAUGGUGUGUAAUUCAAGCUGUAAUAGUGUAUUUCAAGCCUUUAUGUGGUGCAUAUUAGCCAAUAUGGUGUUUCCUAACAUUGCCU